UUUCCAGUUCAGCGCCUCCUAGCGGGUGAAUCGCACACGGAGGAAUGUCAUGGCCGCGUAUGGGGUCAUGUAGCAGUUUCGCCUGUUUUCCACAAAAGCUGUCGUCUUUUUCUUUUCAUGACAUCUGCGUGAUUGAGAAAGAAUCUAAAAUGCCUCAUCAUUGCUGUGUGCCUUUGUGUUCAAGUGACACUAGACUUGAGAGCUGUAAACAUUUGUCAUUUCACAGUUUCCCUUCGGACAAAGAUUUGGUAAAAAAAUGGAUUGUGAACAUAAGGAGAGACAUUGGUAAAGAUUUUGCCAUAAACAGACACACUCGUGUGUGCUCUUUACAUUUUACAGAGGAUUGUUAUCCAAAACACCAAGGCAUAAGACGUUGUCUUGUGAAGGAUGCCAUUCCAACAGUUUUUCAUUGGUGUAAAGGCACCUCCACUCAGCAUUCUAGGAGAAAGAUUAAGAAACAGAUUUCCUCAGUAGCAUCCGAGAACAAGGAGAACAAAGCAGCUACAGGUCUUCAACAGUUUUCUGUGGAGGAGCAUUCUUAUUCCCGCCAAUACACUGAUGGGGCUAUGUAUACUAUAUAUCCUACAACUUUGAGAAGAUAUUUGGAGAGCAGCAGUAGUGGGGAUGACAGUUUAGAAGAUUAUGAACCUAGCGUCUCACCUGAUAAAGCCUCUGUUUUACAGACCAAUUUAAAUCUGAUGACACUGCGCUAUGAAGAAAAGUUUACUUUGCUCAGAUUUUGCAAUUCUGACAGUGACAUAAAGUACUAUACAGGAUUUCAGUCUUAUAUAUCUUUAUCAUGUUUUUUUCAGUUUCUUCAGCCAGAAUGUAAUUUUUUAUAUUAUGUGGGCACAGAGAACACAUCAUCUGGUACACCGUAUGACUUAUUAAAGAAACGUGGACCAUCUAGAUCACUCUCACCAAUGGAAGAGCUCUUCAUAACACUAGUGCGUCUUCGUAAAGGACUACAAGAAAGGUUAAUUGGUGAUCUGUAUAGCAUAUCUGAGGGUCAUGUAUCUAAAAUUGUCAACACAUGGAUUAUUUUUUUAGCAGAUAGAUUUCGAUCAUUACCAAUCUGGCCAAAAGCUGAACAAGUGCGAAAGACCAUGCCAGCAUGCUUUAGAGAACAUUAUUCAACAACACGUGCUAUUGUGGACUGUACAGAACUAUUCAUUGAACAACCAUCUGCAUCUGACUGUCAAAGAGAGACUUUCUCAUCUUACAAACACCACAACACUGCGAAGGGACUCAUUGCAAUUUCUCCGGUAGGUCAACUUACUUUUAUUUCGCCAUUAUAUGCUGGGAGAUGUUCUGACAAAAAGAUUAUUCGUCACUGUGGGCUCCUAGACUUACUGGAAGAUGGUGAUAGCCUCAUGGUUGAUCGGGGAUUUGACAUUCGCGAAGAUGUUGAAAGAAGGGGGGCUUCUCUUAUUAUUCCACCAUUUCUGCAUGGACAACAGCAGUUCACAGAUGAACAGUUAAAAUUCUCAAGGGGAGUUGCAGCUGUGCGAGUUCAUGUAGAACGAGCAGUGAGAAAAGUUAAGGAAUUUGAGAUCAUUCGGAACAUUGUUCCUAUAUCUUUGUGUCCAAUGAUAGAGAAAGUUUGGCUUGUGUGUGGCCAUUUGUCAAACUUUACAGGUACAUUAUUUAAAGGUUAGUAACUUAGAUCAGUUAGCACUUUGUCUAAAGUAAACUGGUUUUAAAGAUUAGAAUUGCUUCUCGUUUGCUCGAACAUCAAAGGGCUUUAACUGCAGCUUCGAGUCAGUAGGUUAUCAGGUACUUGG